AUGGCGCUCAACGGCACUGCCAACCUGCCCCUGCCCGGGACCGUCCUCCCAGCCCGCCCGAGGUUGGCCAAAAUUCGGGGCCGCUGCCAAAGGCAGCCGUGCGGUCUGAAGGUGCAGGCCUACACGCAGAACGGCAACGGCAAUGGGGCGGCCCUUGCGGACCCCACCAAGUUCAACCCCGUCCUCACGAAGGACUUCUGCGCGCCCUGGACGGUGCCGGAGUCCGGCAUCGCCGACGCCCUGGGCCUCAUGGCGUCCGGCGACCUGUUCCGCUACAACCGGAACGACGCAAACUCCGCCGCGUCGCGGGCCGAGGUCGCGCUCUCCGAGUACACCGGGCACAAGUACUGCCUGGCCGUGAACUCGGGCGCAUCGGCGAUCUUCCUGUCGCUCGUGUCCGCGGGCGUCAAGCCUGGGGACAAGGUCUUUUCCAACGCCCUGACAUUUGGGGCUGUGCCCAGCGCAAUCCAUCACGCUGGUGCCAGUGUAGAAUUCGUAGAGUCCACCAAUGCCUAUGUGCUCGACACAGAGCACCUGGAGAAAAAAUGUCAAGAGUGCCCGGACGUGCGCUUCCUGCUGAUCUCCCACAUGCGAGGCAAGCUCGCUGACAUGGAUGAGGUGGCGCGCAUCUGUGAUAAGUACAAUGUGACUCUGCUGGAGGACUGUGCCCACUCGCUGGGCGUGUUCUGGGACGGCAAGCACUCUGGGCACCAUGGGGUGGCAUGCUGCAUCAGCACACAGGCAUAUAAGAUGCUCAACUCUGGGGAGGGUGGCUUCAUGCUCACCAACGACCCGGUUAUUGCCGCAAAGGCCAUCGUUGGUGCUGGUGGCUAUGAGAAGCUGUACAAGAAGCACAUUGCCACUCCACCCGAUGAGGUCUUUGAGAGCAUCGGCAAACUGAAGAUCCCCAACUACAGCAUGCGAAUGAGCAACCUGCACGCAGCUGUCUUGAUUCCGCAGAUCGCUGUCGUGGGCGAUAGAGUGGCACUUUGCAACAGGAGAUACGACCGGGUGACCGCCCGUUUCGAGGUCGCAGCCCAGCGGGUCGGCGCCUCCAUGGAGGUCCCCGCCCAGCACCCCAAGGUUGGGCCCUGCAACGACUCCCUCCAGUUCAACCUGAUCGGCUACAGCUGGGAGCAGUGCCAGGCGUACCUCGCCAACGUCAAGGCGCGGGGCGUGCCGGUGUCCGUGUUCGGCGCCCACGACAACGCCCGCAACUACCGCACAUGGGAGUUCCUCGGCGACCUGCCUGUGAUGGCCCAGACGGACCACAUCAUCAGGUUUGCCGUGGACGUGCGGCUGCCGCCACAGUUCGAUAACGAGGACUUCGACCUCAUGGCAGACUGCCUAGCUGCUGGCUUCCUGUCCAUAGGGGAACCUGAGCAGUUGUCCAAGCAGGAAGCCCCCGCGGCUGCCCUUGCCUGA